AUGGUCAUGGCUGUGAUGGUUUCUGGGCCAGAACGUUCCCACGGGUCUGCAUGCAUGCGGGAUUGUGGAACAGUGAAGGGAAAAAUAGGAGAAAAUGGGGGAAGGGUACCUGAGGUGGAGGAAUUAGAGUCAACGGCUGGUAAUGCUGCACAGUUCAAUGUCAUCAGGAACAGCCAACAUUCUGGUGAUUUGAGUGAUGACGAAGUUAGCAGACACAGUAGUAAUGAUGAAGAAUGGCAUUCCAGCGAUGAGUCCUUGUCCCAUCCAUCACCGCUGUACCCUGCUAAUGAUGGCCCUACUAAUGUGGCACUAUCAGACAUGACUACACCACUCAACAUUCCCCUCAUCUACCCUGCACAAUAUCCUGGCUACAUAGAGGAGAAUAUCCCGGACCCAUUCACACCGAUGGUGAAUGAUGCUGCUUCACUGUGCUCAUAUUCAGCUAGCCACUCCCAUGUGGCUGUUUGGAUUUUAUAUCUCAUGGCUGCCUGGCUCCACUCCUAUCACCAUGUUUCUUUUCGAGUCAUCGGAGCUGUUCUUUCCAUCGUCCAUCUCAUUCUGCUGGCUGCACAAUUCGCUCUGGAUGACAGCUUUAUCCAUGCUAUGACCCUGAGCACUGUCCACUCCCACAUGUCCCUUGAGCCAGCUUUUCAAAUCCUCCUGGUCUGCCUGGACUGCCACAAAGUCUACCCUGCACUCUCCUCAGUGCCUGAACUGUGUCAAAAAUGCCAAGAGAACAAUAAAACAGUUCUGCUCUUCAGUGAGAGCUCUGGCAAGACCACAGGCAAGGCACAUCAGCCCAGGUUGCGAUUUGCCUUCAAAUCACUUAGUGAGCAGCUCCAUGACCUUCUGUCUCGACCAGGGAUGGAGUCACUCUUGGAUAAGUGGAGGAGACUACCUGGGCGACGUCCGGAAGCUGGCCUCUACCAGGACAUUUUUGACAGUGCUGUACCAAGGUCCAUUUUAGAUCCAGAUGGGCAGCCCUUUUUCCGGAACGGUUUGGGCAACGAGACAGGCCCUAACCAUGAACUGCACAUUGGACUCAUGAUGGUGGAGUGGUGA